GGGCUCCCCUUGGUGGCGGGGUCCUAACUAACUUGGGUCCUUGGUCAACGUGGGAGACGCGAAAAUGAGAAGUUGUUUUGAACCUGAUUAGGAUUGGGGAUAUUGAGAUAUGGUCGUCAGUUUUCAUUAAAUCAGGUCACGGCCGGGUGUGUUUCGGUGGAUUUAGUUUUACCAUGAUGCCAGGGGACAGUCAGUCGAAAACGGUCGCAAUCGCCGCGGACGCGACGGUUGGAAACUGUCAAAACUGCUCUGUUUUGCACCAGAGCCUCACAGAAUACGUCUCGUCGUUUUUGGCACUGAAACAGAAGAUAACGGUUUCCGAUGACACAAUCAGACUUCAGCAGCAGCUGGAAGAGCUGCAGGUCCGGCUGGUUACUCUGCAGAAAAAGACGGCGGACUAUGAGUCGUUGCAAGCAGAACUGGAAGAAAAGAGGGACUCACUUAAAGCAUAUGGAAAGCUGUCUGAAGCAACGGAAACCCUGAAGCAGGAAAAUCAAAAGGCUAUGGCAGAGAAUAAGAAGCUUGAAGAGCAGCUGAAGAGUAUCAAAGAUUUGACAGAAGCGCAGUCACUUGAAAAUGCUCAGGUGAAGAGGGAAAAGGCUGUUGUUGAAAACGAUUUGCUAAAAACUCAGGCUGCUCUUAAGGAGUAUGGACAACUGUCAGAAGUGGUGGAAAAACUGAAGGAGGAAAACAGCAAGACAGUGGCAGAGAAUAAGAAACUUGAGGACCAGCUAAAGUCCGUGAAAGAUUUGACAGAAUCGCACACUCUCGAAAAUGCACAGCUGAAGAGGGAAAAGGCUGUGGUUGAAAAUGAUUUGCUGUUCACUCAGGCAUCUUUGAAGAAAUCUCAGGCACAAGCAGAUGAAGUUCCAAAGCUGAUGGAGGAGAAUGCCAAGUUGGCAAGCAUAAAGGACACCCUUGAAAAUAAAGUUCGGCUGCUGGAAGACUCACUAUGCAAACAGAACCAUGAAAUAUCCCAACAGACCACAAAGAUGAUCCUGCUAGAGAGAAAUAUUUAUGACCUUCAGGUGAGGCUGAGGAAAAUGGAAAGAGAAAGGAGUAAAGAAUAUAGGAGCGCAACAACUCAAGCAAGUGCACCUGUGGAGCCUAAAGUUGACAAAAAAAAGUUCCGGAUGCUGCUGGAAAAUUUGUGGGAAUGCGUAGAGCCAGAACAGGAGCAGUCAACAAACCCAUGGCACUUUUCAGAAUCUGGUCACAAGCAAGUUCUAUCCUCCUCUCCAGAAAACGGACCACACCCCCGUCCCACUGGAAUGUUCCCAUCUGCUUCUUCAAAGAUCAGGGAAUCCCACAGUAACAAAAAACAGACAAAGGCCACUUCAGUGGAAUUAAAAUCCCCUCCAAUGGAAUUAAAAUCCCCUCCUCAGGCACAGAAUGCUAUCCAGCUCCAAGAGUCACUUCAGUGCUCAAGUCGCAAGAAACGAAAAGACAAGAGGAAAGAGUCACCCAAGGAGAACAAAACUAAUGAGUCGUUUGCUGAAACGGACAGCUUUACAGUGUCUCUUGAGGAGAUAAUGGAAUUAUUUAAACCCAUUGGUCCCUGCAUAUCUCCACUACCAGAUUUGGACUACGUGGUCCCCUCCAUGGACAUAGAUGAUGAAGAAAAGGGAGACCCUCCUGAACCCUCUUUGGACUCUUCUCCUCUCCCACGAAAGGAGCCUGUGAGCAUCACAACAUCCCUCUCGGCAAAGAAGAGUCCAAAAUCUUGUGCACUUCCAACAGAAGCGAGUGUGGACAUGCUGGAAGUCACAGCGCAGGAAGGGGAACACAUUUCCAAUCAAACAGACUCAGAAGACAUGGAACAAACUAGUGGCAAGGCUGGAAUGAAGGACAAUACCAGUACAGACGAUGGAAAAAUGGAACUUCAAAAUGAAAUACCAUCAACUUCUUCCAGAUCUGACGUUGCACUCUUGGUUGAGGUUAUCCCAUUGACUGGCAAUACUAAUAGCGUCAUCUCUGAAUCUCAAAAUAUUUCAGGAGAGGCAAAGGAAGAUCUGCCAGAGAUGGUUACAACGGCGGAUGUAGACAUAAGCAGUAGUGAUGUGACUGAUGCUAAAAAAGUCACUCGUGAAGACGACGAAACGGCUAGGGGAAGUGAUGCCGCUGUAAUCUGUGAAGCAGCAGAUGCAGAACUAGUUGCUUUUUCAACACCCACUGGCUCACUGACUGAUACCACAGACCCAACGGAAAAAAAUAAUCAUGAUUCUCGUUUAGAACCGGACAGUCAAGACGUUACUGAAUUUAACUCGCAUGAGGAGAUUGCAGUGUCUAUCUGUAAAGACUCAGAAAUGCCCAAACCGUCCCACUGUUCAUUAAGCAGCACUGAUGGCAUCAGUAGUGUCUCACAUAAUGAUUUUGAAGAGAGACUGGAAAAUGAUGAACGCAUUAACCUGCCAGAGGAAGAUGGGAUUGCAGCUCAAGGGCCUGGAGGAGUUGACGUGACAGAUUCACCUUCUGGGUAUAUUGGUGAUAAUAAUCCACCGCCAGCUAAUGAGGCUUCUGUGUUGAAGGAGGAAGAUGGCGAGUCCCACGCUGACCAGGAACUUGAUUCAGCAAAUGUUGAAACUCCCUCAAAAACGGAUGUUGACGUGGAGACAGUGGACAGCCAAACAGUGCCUGAUUGCGGCCCUUCGCUUUCUGACUCCAGAGAGAUGAACAUUGUGAACAGUGACAUUUUGAAAGAAAAUACUCAUCCUGUUUGCAGUCAGGUGAGUGUCUUAUCAACUGUGCAAUCUCCUCCAAACCCAGAAAUGCAGAAUCAAGACAAAAGCACGCAACACCUUUCGAUGAAGGAAGAAACGUCAGUUCUCAGUUUUGAAGAAAGGGGUGACAUUGACAAGGAUAAUGCCACGGAAUUCUCUCAGGAUGGAAUAAAUGCAGGCACUACACAUGUGAUGAGACAGGAAGAGCCUACCCCAGCAGCAUGUUCAACCACAGCUCAGUCCGCAGAGUGUUUAGGCAACGCUCGCGAUGAGAUGGGUCCUCCGCUUCCUCCUCUCCUGACUCCUUUGAGCAAUUCUCCAAAGGCAGGCAAAUCGAUCAACCCAAGGCAGGCCAUCGGGAAGCUCUUGUUUCCCUCGCCCCUGGAUGGGUUGGCUUCCCCCACCACUCCUGUUCAAGCCCACCUGACACCCAACAGCCAUCAGCAGAGUUCUUCAUCCCUGAACAGUCCACUUCCUCUGAACGGAGUCCCCUCCUCGCCACUUCAGUUUGGCUCUGCCACCCCAAAACAUGCGGUGCCAGUGCCUGGUCGCCUGCCCGUGGUGGCAAUGAAUUCCUCCCAGUCAUCUUCAUCGCAGGAAAAUUCCAUGAGGAUUCUUGACACCAUGUAUCCAGAGCUUUCUGCUCGUGCCCGGACUCUGAGCAUUCUUAGAGGCAAUGUCGGUCUCAACAUUUGUUCAUCAGAGAGUGGAGCAUUAUCCACAACAACUGACUGUCAGAUGUCUGGCUUUAAGACCGUCAACUCCACUUCAACGGCCUUCACCAAGACCGACACAAGGGGAGAAAAAAGGUCUGCUGUCAGUCUGCUUCAGCAUAAAAUCAAAUGUCCCAGGCUUGACAGCUCCUCUGAGAGUAGUACUCAAAAGCUGAUGGCUACCGCCUCAACAAACAGUGUCUCCACAUCACCCCAGAACAUCAUUCCUCUCAAAAAUGAGACCAUCUCUCCUACCAUGGAAGCAGGAGAACCUGCUGGACAAACUCUCAUUGUUAACUCUUUAAAGAAAAUUGAAAGCCAGUGCUUUUGUCUGCUGCCUGUGAUCCAGGGGCACCUAUUCACAGGAUUGCUGCCCAAAAAGCCCAUUUUGAGAGAUGAGGAGAAGGAGGUCAUCGCUGAGAUUUGCCAAAGCAGCUUGGCCGAUGACAUGAUUGUAGCCAUUCUGAACAAGCUGAAAACUGAAAAGCAGGAGCUCAGCAGGAACUACUUGCAGGCCCUCUGUAGAGUCUACACAGGGAUCUGUAGGCAAAAGAGUUACCUGGAGAAGGCCCACAUCCUCGCCUACAGCAUCCUCGUGGAAGAUUUCCCUGAUUCUGUGAAGCUGAUUUUGUUUAUGGUGACAACAUGGCCCACAGUUCUCUCACACAGUAGUUCACUGUGUCAAGCCAUUCAUGCCAUCGUUAAACUGAAAGCACAAGAAGAGCUUCUUGGCGGCCUUUCAACAUUCCUCGGUUGGGAGAAGAGUCCUCCCUGCGACGUUGACCAGCUGAUCUCCAAAGUGCUCUCUGAGAUCCAGUCUGGGGCAAAUUUGUCUUUCACAAAACAUAGUCGCUACGGAGUGGACCUGGGAGCUGAGGCCUGGGAGCAUGUCUUCACACUGCACCUCCUUUGUUCACACAAGAAGUGGAAGUGGACCUAUGAAAACUUACUGGGCAAGGAGUUGUGGCCAUUGAUGAACACGUGGGUAACGCAGCCAAGAGAUCAACAAGAACCUGUCUCUGAUGCGUGUGUCGCCACCGUGCUCCGACUCAUAGGACUCCUUGGUCAGCUUGGACUUAGAGAGAGGUGUGUUUCCUCUGUGUUAACCGUUGCCAACGUCAUCAACGCUUUUGGAAGGCAUGGGCAGACCGAAGGUGUGCCAUGGGAUGUCCAGUUAGCAGCUGUCUACUGCAUCCACGACCUGUCUCCCUGCGACCCCAAACAAGCCCUGGAUGCUCUGGCAGGGUGGAGAGAGGAUACAUCUCAGAGCGUCCCUUCUGCUGUCACUAGCUGCAUUAACCAGUUGGCGUCUGUUUGCAGACAGGUCAAGAUGUGAAACUGUACAAACAAGCAGUCUGUACUAUUUUAGAGACGGGCCAGGUACCUCAGGUGUCUUCAUUUUAACUUACUGACUGGCAGCUGGCAUACAGUUGUUUCCCAUUUUGGCAAAUAAACCGUGACAGUUAUGUUUGUGCCGUUUAUAGUACCAGGUGAAUUCACAAGAACGUAUUGUCUUAAAAUGAACUAAAUUGUUAAGAUAAUUUACAACUUCUUAGACAACUGCUUUUUUUUAAGUGCACACAUUUUUUGUCACAUAAUCUCCAGUUCUUAUUUUUUAAGGAGGCAUAUAAAAUUUGUUGUUGUUUUUUUUUUUUUUUAAAUCGGCCACACCCUGCAGCCAAAUUAACUUCCUGCUUGUCUGCCAUACUCAGGUAUAGGUGUAAAAUAUUGUAAAAGAUGUUUAUAUGCUGUAAAUAUCCAUACAGAUGUGAAAGUAAAUAUUUUUGUACAGUCUCGGAGAUUUUUUUUGUGUUCUAAUUAAAAUGUCCACAUAACUGA